GGGUCCGAACGGUUUGUCAGAAGAUGGAUGGGUCGGACCGGUGUAAACUGAGCUGGAAGAUUAGCCAGAAAAAUGAUAAACUAUUGGACAACCUGAGAGAGGAACUCCAACAGUCGUUGUGUGUCUCUCGUGGAAGCGUGUCUACUUCGAGCCAUCAUGGAGGAUCAGUCACCAUUGUGGACCCAGAGCCAGCUCAGUGUCUGCAGCCCAGCCUGUGUCUGCCUUCAGGGAGUGCAAACACCCUGGCCUCUCCUCCCCCUCUCCGUCUGGUGGACUACGGCAGCUCAGAGGAGUCUGAGACUGAGGACAGGGAUCUCCCAUCAGUCCUUACACAGGAUAGGCUACACAGCAACUCUGUCAUUCACACACACAACAGCCACACUUUUGAUAGGACGGUUAUGUGUCUGACAGAACUCAGAGUGGUGGUGACUAGACUACAGAGGAGGAGUCUGUUUCCUUACAAUGCCACCUCGCUCUUGAAACUGCUGACACAGAUUGAAGCGAAUAGAUGUUCUUCACGGCGUUGAACUCCGUAAUGAUGAAAUAAAGGUUACGUGGUGGUAAAUGCAUUUGGUCUCCUCAUUUGUAAUUAUAUUUAGGGUGGUACAUUUCCUAGAAAUUUAUCAAAAUUCCCAGUUUAAAUUGCGUUUGGAAGGUUCCUGGAUUCAGGAUGGAAUAAGCAGGAAUUGUGGGAAUCCUUCAACAGGGACUUCUAGAUUUCUUAAAUCUCUAUAUUUUUAUUUAAUACUUUUGUAUUUUUCAUGGCAUCCUAUUUGUGAAUGGAUUUGAAUGCUCUUUUUGGGGACCUUGUGGUUGUAUGACAACUUAAGGUAAGCAUUGUUUAUGAAGGGAUGAUUAUGAUGACAGUUUCCUUUAUUUCCAACUACAUUUUAAUCAUAAAGACAUUCUAAAAGAAACACGUCCUGUUUGCGUGACCAUUGUAAGUAAACACACACACACCUCUCAACUAUGUGUAUUUGCUUUUGGCUCCCUCCCUUGAGGCCAUGCAAACAUCACUGAAACAAGUCAAUAAAACAUCACUAUUUUCCCCACCUGUCUGUUGAUCCUCUCCUCUUUCCUUACUCCUGUUUUCACCUCGUUCUAUCUGUCUCUACUAUGCUUUACUAGAAGGACUAUUGUGUGGAGGAGUAGCUCCUGGUCUCCUGUCUGCGUUGUCUGGAGAACAAUGCAAACAAGCCACAGAUUAUCACCUGAGGGCACCUCUGGCUGCAGGGAGCAGGGCUGUCUCUCUCUCUCUCGUGUGUCUUUAUCUGUGUGUCUGCCUGUCUGUUUAUCUGUGGGUGUGUCUUGCGUUGUGACACUUCUCCAUUAUCGUCCCUCUACGACAACGUACCUGGAGGGGAAGGAAAAAAACUCCUGUCCAAUUGUGCCUGAGCUGGGUGUGACCCUUUUCAAGAAUGUCAAACAAAGACAGGGAGAGGUAGGGAGAGAGAGAGCCUGCCUGCUGAAUGGAGGGACUGUCAUGCCUGUAGGUUUCCCACAGUCAACAUUACACCAACAGCACUCUAGUGAGGACAGGACAUAGCUUACCUGGUUUCCCUACUGAGAGUGAGGACAGGACAUACCUUACCUGGUUUCCCUACUGAGGGUGAGGACAGGACAUAGCUUACCUGGUUUCCCUACUGAGGGUGAGGACAGGACAUACCUUACCUGGUUUCCCUACUGAGGGUGAGGACAGGACAUACCUUACCUGGUUUCCAUACUGAGGGUGAGGACAGGACAUACCUUACCUGGUUUCCCUACUGAGGUUAACGGAGGAGCAGGUUUCAACUCGAGGCCGUCCGAAGCAACCGGUGGGAGUUGACUGGAGUUGAUGUGAAAUCGUCUCUUUCAGUGUUGUCAGGAUGAUUGACACCCUAUACGAGUGGAUCUGGUGGGACCGCAUCUGGCUGCCUGUCAACCUGACCUGGGCGGACCUAGAGGACCGAGAUGGACAUGUCUACGCCAAAGCCUCUGACCUCUAUGUGACGUUGCCUUAUGCCAUAGCCUUCCUACUGGUCAGAUACCUGUUCGAAAGGUUGAUAGCCACGCCUCUAGCCACCUCAGUGGGGAUCCGGGAGAAGGCCAGACUGAGAGUAGCAGACAACCCUAUCCUGGAGCUCUACUACCGCUCCCACUCCAGAACCCCUGGCCAGGCAGUUAUAGAUGGUCUGUCUAAGAAGAGCGGCUGGUCCGUUAGGCAGGUGGAGCGCUGGUUCAGAAAGAGAAGAAACCAGGAUCGUCCCGGAGUACUGAAGAAGUUCAGAGAGGCUAGUUGGAGGUUUGUGUUCUAUCUGUUGGCGUUAAUUGGAGGAGUUAUGUCCCUGUAUGAUAAAGAAUGGUUUUAUGACACACGGGAAGUGUGGAACAGCUUUCCUAAACAGACUAUGCUGGAUUCUCAGUACUGGUACUACAUGCUGGAGAUGAGCUUCUAUGGUUCUCUUCUCUUCAGAGUCACCUUUGAUGUCAAGAGGAAGGACUUUAAGGAACAGAUCAUCCACCAUUUGGCCACCCUGACACUGCUGUCCUUCUCUUGGUGUGUCAACUACAUCCGCAUAGGAACCCUGGUGAUGCUCAUUCACGAUGCCUCCGACGUCUUACUAGAGGCUGAUCCACUGUACAUGGGUGUACCCCACCCUCCAGUACCCCCCGUUCUUUGGAUACUACUUCUUCAAUGUGAUGCUGCUGGUCCUCCUGUUCCUACACAUCUUCUGGGCCUACCUCAUCCUGAGAAUGGUCAAGAAGUUCCUCUUCGGCAAAAUGACCAGAGAUGAAAGAAGUGAUGAAGAGGAUGAUGGG